GCGUGCACCCUCCCUGAGUAUAUUCGGUCCACAUAAAGAUACAGAAACAAACACACAUUUCGCGUUCAUUUAAUUUUUACAUGUAGGGGAGAGAGAGAGAGAGAGAGAGAGAGAGAAGGGUUUAUGAGAUUCUCUACUUAAAAGAGGAGAUCUUGGCAGAUCAAGAGGAGUAAUAGCAACGGGGGCUGGGAAUUUAAUUCUUGGGGUUGGUGGACUAUAAUCUGUCACAACAUUUAUGGCAUCACCUCACCGCAUUACGCAAUGCACCUCGCAAAUUUUCUCUUAGUUGCUCCUUCUCGACACUCGAGGCCUUUUCUUCAAGUGGGGUGACUGCGAGAAAAAUUGGGCUACGCAGCUUGCAGCAGAGAUUUUUGGCAGCAGAGAAUGAUUCUCUGUUAUUGCAGUUUCUUGCUCUUUUAGGAGUUAUACGUAUUUUUCUUGCCACAGUUUGUUCAUUGCAAGUUCCAAGGUGUUCAGUUUGGAACAAAUUUGAAGAAGAACAAGUUGAAGAAAUUAAAAUCAAAGAUGAAGUAUAUGAAGCUAGGGUCCAAACCAGAUGCUUUUCAAGCUGAAGGGAAUUAUGUGAGGUACGUGUCGUCUGAAUUGGAUACUGAUGUCAUCAUAAGCGUUGGAGACGUCAAGUUCCUUCUCCAUAAGUUUCCUCUCUUGGCCAAGAGCAAUAGGUUACGAAAGCUGGUAUCAGGAGUGAGCGAGGAAAGUCCUGAUGAAAUCCGCUUGGCUGAUUUCCCCGGUGGCCCUAAUGCAUUCGAAAUAUGUGCUAAAUUCUGUUAUGGCGUGACAGUAACUCUCAACCCCUACAACGUUGUGGCUGCACGCUGUGCAGCAGAGUAUCUUGAAAUGUCUGAGGAUUUCGACAGAGGAAACCUGAACCUAAAGAUUGACAUAUUCCUCAACUCCAGUGUUCUACACAACUGGAAAGAUUCCAUCAUCGUCCUACAGACCUCCAAGUCUCUCCUCCCAUGGUCUGAGAAUUUGAAGAUAGUCGGUAGGUGCAUUGAUUCAAUAGCAUCCAAAACCUCCGUGGAUCCUUCACUGGUCACCUGGUCUUACACGUACAACAGAAGACUGGCGACAUCAGACCAAAUAAUCCGCAGUGGGCUGAAGUUAUCCGAGAAGAUGGAGUCUGUGCCUAGAGAUUGGUGGAUUGAAGAUAUCUGUGAGCUGGACAUUGACCUGUACAAGAGAGUCAUGCUCGCGAUAAAAUCCAAAGGCAGAAUGGACGGCGGCAUGAUUGGGAAGGCGUUGAAGGCUUACGCCAUGAGAUGGCUGCCAGAUUCUGCCGAUGCAGUGGUGUCUGAAGUUCAUAUCAACAGAAACAAAUCUUUAGUCGAAACUAUAAUGUGCUUGCUUACUUCAGAUAAAGGAAUCAGCUGUGCCUGUAGUUUCUUACUGAAACUACUCAAAGUUGCUAUUCUCAUAGAAGCUGAUGAUUCGUCAAGAGAAGAGCUGAUAAAGAACAUCAGUUCAAAACUAGAUGAUGCUUCAGUCAGUGAUCUCUUGAUCCCGGCAAGGCCUCCUCAGACAACCAUCUACGACAUUGAACUUGUUCAACGCCUCGUGGAUUUGUUUGUAGAGAAUGAGAUGAGUAAGAAGGAUAAGAAGAUGAAUGAGAAGGAUGGGGGUGAUUUUGUUUUAGGGCAUGGAUCUUGGUUGAAAGUUGGGAAGAUCAUAGAUGGUUAUCUUGCAGCAGUUGCUCGUGACCGGAAUCUCACCGUGUCCAGUUUCAUCAAGCUGUCUGAGUCAGUUCCUGAGAUGGCUAGACCGAUUCAUGACGGAUUGUACGGCGCCAUUGACAUCUUUCUGAAGGAGCAUAGUGGUAUAACUAAAUCUGAGAAGAAGAUCUUGUGUGGGCUAAUGGACGUGAAGAAAUUGACGACGGAUGCCACCAUGCACGCAGCUCAGAACGAUCAGCUACCACUUCGCGUUGUGGUGCAAGUUCUGUUCUUCGAGCAGGCAAGGGCAGCAGUGGCUACUCACGCCUUCAGUGAAAAAUCCCUGAGCAAACAGAUGGAUGAGCUGAAAGUAAAAGAAGAGGAAUCAGUGAAAAAUGGAAAGCUUAUCAAGAGAAGUAGCAAGAACAGACGUUCGAGGAGAAUAUUCGAAAGGCUUUGGAUUGCGGGGAAAGGGCUUCCCAACGGAGAUAACAAGAUCCCCGAAACUUUGGGGAGUUCUCAGAGCCCAACUUCUAUGAUCAGAGGAGAAACAAAGUCGUCUGGCUUGUCAACAAGGCAUCGGAGGAACUCAAUUUCGUGAUGUAAGUGUAAAGUGGAAGUAGGAUCUCCAUUGCUGUUGUAGGAAAGAUAAUCUGGUUGGUGUUGCUUUUCAUCUCUUGCACAUCAUUGUAUUUGUAUAAAUUUGUUGAAUUCUUGUA